UCAUAAUGUGGCCUUAAAUCUAUCAUUGAUUCUCAUCUCUCUCUCUCUCUCUCUCUCUCUCCAAAAAUUUCAUGGCAGUAGCUGCGAACUAUCUCCUGACGCAUUUAAAGUGCCAUCACCAAGCCUCUCACUCCCCUUUGCUGGGAUUAAUCGGCAAUAAUGGUUGGGUUUUAUCUCUCUCUACUGGUGGCUCAUGGAUGAAGCCUCAAAGAGUCGCUAGUAAUGCACCACCCAUAGCAUCUGUUAAGCCACCACGAGCCUCAAAUGAGAAAACCAACAUUGUUUCAGCGGACAAUGAUGAUGGUAAUGAUGGGGUUUCUCUUGGAACAAUGAAGCUGCCUUCUAAUAUCGACGUUGAUCGGUUCGAGAUUUUGCUCUUCCAGUGGGCAAAUAGUCUUUGCCAAGGUGCGAAUUUGCCGCUUCCGGUCCCUCUUAAGGUGGAUAAAGUACAAGGAGGAGUGAGACUGGGAUUCAUAAAGGUUGACGACGGGAAGACGGAAGUGCAAGUCUACAUCGACUGCUUAGUCUUUCCAGCAACCGAAAGCUCGGGGCCAAUCUUCCAAGCUGUUAGGAAGGGGCCAUUGAAAGAUCAGGUCCCUCCAGGGGAGCCAAGGAUUAUGAGGAGCCUCCUCCAAGCUCUCCAAACGUCGGUUGAGAUUGCCAAAGUUUAGAGAUAUAUAUAUAUAGGAAGGCCUCUCAAUUAAUUUGUAUAAUAAAGAUUGUUUAAUUUCUGUCUACAAUGUCACUAUGAAUCUUUAUUCUUGCUAUAAUAAUUAACAUGAAAAUGGGUUUUCAUUUCAACUAA